AUGAAAGUUUUCGUAGUUUUGGUUCUGGCCCUCGCCUCGGCCUCCGCUGGGCUCCUGCCCAAGAGCGCUCCUGUCCAUCCCCGUGACAGAACCCCAUCGAUUAGUGGUCGUAUCACCAACGGCAAGGACGCCGUGGCUGAACAGUUCCCCUAUCAGGUUGGACUCAGUUUCUCUAGCUCUGCUGGCAGCUGGUGGUGCGGUGGCUCGGUCAUCGGCAACACCUGGGUGGUGACUGCUGCUCACUGUACCGAUGGUGCCUCCGCCGUGACCAUCUACUUUGGAGCUACCAUCCGUACCAGCCCUAAGUUCACCGAAACCGUCAGCAGCAAGGACUUUAUCCAGCACGAAAGCUACUCAUCUACGCUUAUUCGCAACGAUAUCUCCCUGAUCAAGACUCCAUCUGUAACCUUCUCGUCUGCCGUUAACAAGAUUGCCCUGCCCGCCGUCGCCAGCAGCUACUCUACCUAUGCUGGAGAGACCGCCGUUGCUUCCGGAUGGGGUCUGACCUCCGAUACCGCUACCGCAGUCGCUAGUCACCUCCAGUACACCGACCUGACUGUUAUCACCAACGCAGUGUGCCAACAGACUUUCGGAAGUCUACUUGUUACAGGCAGGAAUAUUUGCGUUGCCACUCCCCAGGGAACCUCCACCUGCCAGGGUGAUUCUGGUGGCCCACUUGCUCUGAAUGAAAAACUCAUUGGUAUCACCUCCUUUGGAUCCGCCAGUGGUUGCCAGGCUGGCUACCCAGCUGCCUUCACCAGGGUAACUUACUACUUGGACUGGAUCAAGAUCAACUCUGGAAUUUCGUACUAG